GCUACAGAUUAUUUAUUGAGCUGGAGUCACCAUACUGGGGUCAUUCCUGUUCAUGCAGUUUAACUCAAUGCCGCAGAAGUCUGCAACCUGUCUCUAGGCUGUUAAUGUGUUAAGCUCCAUUUAUAAGGCGUUGUAAAUAUGAGCAGGGGUGGAAAUUGGAACGUGGGAUCCUGCUGCGAUUCGCUGAACUCAGUCGAGAUUAUACAGAAGAAGUGUGUGUGGUGUGUGUGUGUCAGCCGGCUCCAACUUCUUUCACGAACAUCCAGUGGCUUAAAAAAACUGACCUGUGAGAUUACAAGGGAAUGAACUUAACGUGCAACAUUUAGAGAAGCGUUUUCAGCAAUAUCUGUUCCCUAUGGCAAUGUCAAAGUCUAACAUAGCAAUAGGACUUUCAGUGGUCGGACUUGUAGCUGUGGUUUUGGGGACUAUCCUUGUGUUUGUGGGACCAGCAAUUAUCAAGGAUCAAAUAAUAAAGAAUGUAGAAAUCAAUCCCAAUAAUAAACUGUCAUACACUAUGUGGAAAGACAUUCCCGUACCAUUUUUCAUGUCCAUAUAUUUUUUCAACGUUCUAAAUCCUGAAGAGAUAUUGGCAGGAGAGAAGCCCACAGUUGAGCAAAGAGGUCCAUACGUGUACAGAGAGAAGCGCUGGAAAGACAAUAUCACGUUCCAUGACAACAAAACGGUGUCUUAUCUUGAAUAUCGGCAGUAUUUCUUUGAGGAGAGCAUGUCUGUAGGCAAUGAGUCUGAUGUGGUCACCAUCCCAAACAUGCUGGUUCUGGGAGCAUCAGUGAUGAUGGACUAUUUACCCGUUGCAGUGAAGAAAAUGAUAAGUGCCACAUUCGAAACUUUUAAGGAGGGCCCAUUUGUGACAAAAACUGUAGGCGAGCUUAUGUGGGGCUACAAUAGCAAGUUGGUGGACUUUCUUAACACAAUAUUUCCUGGCUUGAUGCCAUUUAAAGGGAAGUUUGGACUAUUUGUUGAGUUCAACAACUCCAACACUGGAUUGUUUACUAUCUUCACGGGUAAGGAUGACAUCAAUGUAGUCCAUAAAGUGGAUUCCUGGAACGGUUUGAAGAAAGUAAACUACUGGAAAUCAGAGCAGUGCAACAUGAUCAAUGGUACAGCAGGUCAGCUGUGGCCACCUUUCAUGACUACAGAAUCCACUCUGUCAUUUUACAGUCCAGAUGCCUGCAGGUCAAUGGAGCUGGUGUAUGAGAGACCGGGAACUUCACAAGGAAUCCCUGUGUAUCAUUAUGUGGCUCCAAAAACUCUCUUUGCCAAUGGCUCGGAUUAUCCUCCAAAUGAAGGCUUCUGUCCAUGCAGACAGUCAGGUCUUCUUGAUGUUAGGUCUUGCAGGCACAAUUCCCCUGUAUUCAUUUCCCAUCCACAUUUCUACAACGCUGAUCCUUUUCUUCUGCAGACUGUUAAUGGACUAAGCCCCAAUGAGAAUGAACAUGGACUCUUCAUUGACAUACAUCCAGAGACUGGAAUACCUAUGAAUGUGUCUAUUAAGCUGCAGCUUAACCUGUUAAUAAAGAAGGUACAAGGAAUAACACAAACUGGUAACAUAGCUGAAGUAGUGAUGCCCUUGAUUUGGUUUGGAGAGAGCGGCUACAUUGAUGGCCCUGUACUCAGAACAUUCCGUACAAACCUUGUAAUUUUACCUAUGGUGAUGGAUUAUAUGCAAUACAUCUUCAUUGGACUUGGACUGUGCUUUAUUAUAGGAGCAGUGGCACUGCAAGUUAGUAAGAAGAUAGACGAGAAACAAGGGUCAUUUGGAGUCACAGGAGACAAAGGGGGAAGCAAAGACAAACAUCCUGACCCAACUCACAACGAAACAUAUAUUGAAAAAGAUAAAGAUACAAAUUAGGAUUCCAAACCUGUGCAGAUGUGAACCCAUGAUCCUUGGACAAUGGAAAAACACCACUGGUCUACACAACAUCAAGUGUAAAAGAUCUUCAUCUGCUUUCACAGCACUGACUUCUGUUGUAAUUCUAAGAAUCAUAGGAAACUGAUGGUGGUGUUUGAAUUUGAUGUAAAUGGUAAAAGCUCAACCAUUGACUUAUUCUUCAAUUUCUCCUGUAUCCGAACUGUUUUUUUUUUUUUUUUAGUUGUUUGUGUUUUUUUUUUUUUUGUUUUUUUUUUUACCAAACUCAGUCUUCUUUAUUCUGGGAUUAUCUCUGUGUAAGAUUUCAACUGCAUUUUAUAGAUUAUUCUACAGUUCAAAGACUGUUUAUCACUUAGCAUUUCAGUUGACAUGGAUUUACAAAAGAUCCUAUUUGUUCCUAUUUGUUUAAAGCACAAAUGAGUUUCCUAUUUUACUGUAAAUGAUGACUUGAUCAAUCAAGCUACCUCCAGUAAACUCAGCAGACUGUUCAGACUGAUCAUGUUGUAUGUUUUCUAACUAAUAGAACUUAUGGAUUUACCAUAGCAGAUUAUCAAAAAUCCCCCAAUAAAACUUCUCAUACACUUGCA